AUGUUCAUUUAUGAGCUCUCAUUUGCUCCAUUUGCUACCAUAAUCAAUUGCUUUGCUUUCUUCAUCGUCAUCAAGCACACACCAGCAACCAUGAAACAAUAUCGAAAGUAUCUGAUCGGCGUUCAAUUUUGGAUGGCUGUUUUUGAUUUAUGUGUUCAUGCCCUCAUUCGUCCUUUAUUCUUCUUUCCUUAUGUUGCGAUGGGAGCUACGGGUUUUUUAAGUCAUCUCUUUCAUAUACCUGCACAUUUACAAAUGUCUUGCAUGAUGCUGAGUCUGUGUGCAAAUUUCGCCGGUCUUAUGUCAACACUGAUGUACCGAAGAAAUCAAAUGUUGCCACCGGGUAGCUUUAAAUUCUCGGAGACGCAAAUGCGUUUGAGCCAUUGCUCUGGAGUUAUUAUGCAAGUGGCAAACUGCAUCUUUUACUACAUUGCCGGUUUGAACAAUUUGGGACCGCUUGGUGCCACUUUCACUCUUUUUCUCUUGCCAAUGGGAUUCAGUUUCGUAACGAUAUUCACUCAAAUGGACGCUCCAAUUCUUCAAAUGGCUAUUUCAUAUAUUCCAUCUUUUCACUCAACCGUCUACACAUUGAUUCUAUUGAUUCACACUCCGGUCUACCUUGACGCAACAUUGUGCUAUCUUCGGUUAAGAAAAGAUUCCCGAAUGCGAAGGCCGACUUUAAUUGAGCCGAGUCACAGUGAGACAACGGUGCAACGACCGAAACCUGUCAAAACGCAGAGUUUAACCUCAAAUAUUGUUCAC